AAUUCGAGCGUUAAGUUUACGAUUUUUAGGAUAUUUUUCUUUCAAUUUUCUAUUCUAAUUAGUCAAAUAUUUUUGUGGAAUUCCUAAUUUGUACACUGUGUUUUGUAAUUAGACGUAAAAUGUUCUCCAAUUUACGAUUCCUGAGUGUAAUUGUGCUGGUCUUUGGAGCCUGUCACGCCAAAGACAAAGAUGAGAAAGAUGAUAAAAAAGACAGUGUUGGCACAGUCAUCGGUAUUGAUCUUGGAACUACUUAUUCAUGCGUUGGUGUUUACAAAAAUGGUCGUGUAGAGAUCAUAGCAAAUGAUCAAGGUAAUCGUAUCACACCAUCCUAUGUCGCUUUCACACCUGAAGGCGAGAGGUUGAUUGGCGAUGCUGCUAAAAAUCAGCUUACUUCAAAUCCUGAAAACACCAUUUUUGAUGUUAAACGCUUGAUUGGUCGCCGAUUCAAUGAACCAUCAGUACAGCAAGACAUCAAGUUCUACCCAUUCACAGUCACCAACAAAAAUGACAAACCCUACGUUCAAGUUAAAGUUGGAGAAGAAACCAAAACUUUUGCCCCUGAGGAAAUCUCUGCUAUGGUUCUGAUAAAAAUGAAGGAAGUAGCAGAAGCCUACCUUGGCAAAAAAGUCACUCAUGCUGUUGUCACAGUGCCUGCCUAUUUCAAUGAUGCUCAGAGACAGGCUACCAAAGAUGCAGGUGCUAUUGCGGGUCUUAAUGUUAUGAGGAUCAUCAAUGAACCGACAGCGGCUGCCAUUGCAUAUGGUUUAGAUAAGAAGGAAGGUGAGAAGAACAUUCUAGUGUUUGAUCUCGGUGGUGGUACUUUUGAUGUCACUCUACUCACAAUUGACAAUGGUGUCUUUGAGGUUCUCUCAACUAAUGGAGAUACUCAUUUAGGUGGUGAAGAUUUUGACCAACGUGUUAUGGACCACUUCAUCAAAUUGUACAAAAAGAAGAAGGGUAAGGACAUCCGCUCAAACAACAGGGCUGUUCAGAAACUAAGAAGAGAAGUGGAAAAGGCAAAAAGAGUUCUGUCUUCACAACAUCAAGCUAAGAUUGAAAUUGAAUCAUUCUUUGAUGGAGAUGACUUUUCUGAGACACUGACAAGAGCUAAAUUUGAGGAACUGAACAUUGACCUAUUCAAGUCCACAAUCAAACCAGUGCAGAAAGUAUUAGAAGAUGCUGAUUUGAAGAAAGAUCAAGUUGAUGAAAUUGUUUUGGUGGGUGGCUCCACACGUAUCCUCAAAGUGCAACAGCUUGUUAAGGAUUUCUUUAAUGGAAAGGAGCCAAGUCGUGGCAUUAACCCAGAUGAGGCAGUUGCCUAUGGAGCAGCUGUUCAGGCCGGUGUGUUGGGAGGUGAAGAGGACACAGGUGAUCUUGUACUUCUUGAUGUCAAUCCCCUGACUCUCGGUAUUGAAACAGUUGGAGGUGUCAUGACAAAACUCAUUGGAAGAAACACAGUCAUUCCUACAAAAAAAUCUCAAAUAUUUUCGACGGCUGCUGAUCAACAGCCCACUGUCUCCAUCCAGGUGUAUGAAGGUGAGAGACCAAUGACAAAAGAUAACCACUUGUUGGGGAAAUUCGAUCUGACAGGCAUCCCUCCUGCACCAAGGGGUGUACCACAGAUUGAAGUCACAUUCGAAAUUGAUGUUAAUGGUAUCUUGAGAGUCACUGCUGAAGAUAAGGGAACAGGUAACAAGAACAACAUAGUCAUCAACAAUGAUCAAAACAGACUUUCACCAGAAGAUAUUGACCGAAUGAUAAAUGAUGCUGAAAAAUUUGCUGAAGAUGACAAAAAAGUUAAAGAAAAGGUUGAAGCUCGUAACGAAUUGGAAGGUUAUGCCUACUCUCUGAAAAGCCAGAUCGGGGACAAAGAAAAAUUGGGUGGAAAACUGAGCAGCGAUGAUAAAGAAACAUUGGAGAAGGCAGUAGAGGAGCAGAUUAAAUGGCUCGAGAAGAAUCAUGAUGCUGAAGCUGAAGAGUUUAAGACACACAAGAAACAACUGGAAGAUGUAGCUCAGCCAAUCGUAUCAAAGAUCUACCAACAGUCUGGUGGUGCUCCUCCACCGACGCAAGCAGAGGAAGAGGAUAGAGAUGAAUUAUAAAUACAGUUCCCUGUCAUGUGUGUGUGCUUGCUGUGUGUUUCAAUUGGUUCACCUGCUUAGUUCUGAUUGAUUGGCCAUUGGUUGACUGUUUGACCGGUGGUAUUGUUUGAUUUGUCUGCCUCUUGUAUAUACAUUGUUGUAAUAUUAUCAAUUUAUUUAUUUCUUCCGUCAAAUGUUUUUGUUUAUUGUUUUUGUUUGUUGUUUCUGUUUAGAACGUGUUUUGAUACGUCGUAAUGAUACAAAGAUAACGGACUGAUGAUAAUGACAUUCUCUUAAGGAUUACGAUACAUGUGAUUAAUAUUAUCCAGCAACAUUAUUUACAUUUGUUACUGCGUACUACAUGUUUGUGUUUUUAUGUAUCUGUUGUUGGUUGUGAUGUAGUGCCGUUGAUAACGUCGAGAGAUGAUGUUGUUUUUCAUCUUUUGUAAAUGUACUGUUUUGUUAUUUGUAACAUAAUAGGAUAUAUAAAACUGCGCGUCCAGUAACUGUUGAUUUUUGUUUUUUUAAUUUUUAGAUAAUAAAUGCUGGUUAUUAUAUUUUGUGUUUUUAAUUUGUACAUAUUGAAUAAAAUAAA